AGAAGCAAACAUAUUGUUCUUGGACUCUCCAAUCGGUGUAGGCUUCUCAUAUACAAAUACAAGUACUGACUAUGUGAAGUUAGGAGAUAAACUUGCUACAAACGAUGCGUACACGUUCCUAAACAAUUGGUUCAAGAAGUUCCCAACUUACAGAAACCAAUCCUUCUAUAUAGCUGGGGAGAGUUAUGCAGGGAAAUAUAUACCUGAGCUGGCUGACCUCAUUGUUGGCAAAAAUAAAGACCCUUCUAAUACUCUUCCCAUUCAUCUCAAAGGAAUAAUGAUGGGAAACCCUGAAACAUCAAAUUUAGAGGACUGGAGGGGUAUAGUGGAUUAUGUUUGGAGCCAUGCUAUAAUCUCAGAUGAAACCUACAAAAUACUGAAAGAUAAUUGUGAUUAUAAUAGCUCUGAUUUGUGGAGCAAUAAGACCUGUGGUGAUGCUUUAGAUGAAAUGUAUAAGCAGUACAAUGAGAUAGAUAUGUACAGCAUCUAUACACCCAAAUGCUUAAAGAGUGUCAAUUCAUCGUCCCAAGUCACUUUCACCACUUCAUCAUCAUCGCCCAAGAAGGUGCCAACACGACGAUAUGGGGGCAGAUUUGACCCAUGUCUAGAUGAUUACACCACUUCUUAUUACAAUAGAGGAGACGUUCAGAAGGCCCUCCAUGCAAGUGAUGGUCUACAUGUUAAGAAGUGGAGUAUCUGCAAUCACUCGAUCAUCCAAACUUGGGAUUGGGAACAAUCACAAGAAUCUGUUCUACCCAUAUAUCGAAACCUCAUGGCAGCAGGAAUUAAAAUAUGGGUGUACAGUGGAGAUACUGAUGGAAGACUCCCUGUAUUAUCUACAAGAUACAGCAUAGGUGUAUUGCGUCUUCCCAUUACCAAACCAUGGACACCUUGGUACUAUGAAAAACAGGUAAGUGGAUGGGUUCAAGAGUAUAAGGGGCUGACAUUUGUGACGUUUAGAGGAGCUGGACAUGAUGUGCCUACUUUUAAACCCGCAGAGUCCCUCAUCUUACUCUCCUCUUUCAUUUCUGGACGUCCUCUUCCGCUCCAGCGUUAUUAAUUAAGUGUACUCGCCUAAUCCCUUGCCUUGACUGAAAUAUUAUACUUACCAAUUUACCAUAGUCAGAUUUGAGUGGAUCGGUAACCAAAUUGAGAGUGGAAGAGUGAUUAUAUUAAGCAUAUCAGAGAAAAUGGCUAGAAAUAAAAGAGGGGUCAAUGUGCUUAGCUAUGAAUUUCUUUUUCUAUAAUAAAACAUCUUUUAAUCUUACAUAUUCAACUCUUACAUUAUUU